CCCGCGGAGGAGGACACACAUUGGAAAGCUGGUGGGGUGCUCCUUCCUCCCGCGGCGCGCCUUUCUUCUUCUUCUGGAAAGGACCCGGCUUGGGAUUGGGAAGCGAGCCCUGAACUCCGCUGCAGGAGGCGUCGCCCCCUCCCGGCCGCCACAGAGGAAGCUUGGAAGACGCCCCCCGCCCUGCCUUGCCUCGCUGCGGGAUCGAGCCGGAUUCAGAGCCGCUGCUGGGAGCGCGCCAAGCGCAUCUGUUCCAAGCAGCGGGACCCUGCCGGCCGCCAGGAACUCUCCCAACUCCGAUCCGGCUCCGAGGGUCCCCCGGCCAGCAAAGAGGCAGCGUCUCCCGGUGGUACUAGAAGCGGAGCCUCGAGCUCCUCCAGGCUUGGAGAAGCAUGCCCAAAAAGAAGCCCAUGCCGAUCCAGCUGAACCCCACGCCCGACGGCUCCGCCAUCAACGGGACCAGCUCGGCGGAGACAAAUUUAGAAGCCCUGCAGAAGAAGCUGGAAGAGCUGGAACUGGACGAGCAGCAACGGAAACGGCUUGAGGCAUUCCUCACCCAGAAACAAAAAGUCGGGGAGCUGAAGGACGACGACUUUGAGAAGAUCAGUGAACUGGGUGCUGGCAAUGGUGGAGUGGUCUUCAAGGUGGCCCACAAGCCUUCUGGCCUCAUCAUGGCGAGGAAGUUAAUUCACUUGGAGAUCAAGCCGGCGAUUCGGAACCAGAUCAUCCGUGAGCUGCAGGUCUUGCACGAGUGCAAUUCCCCCUACAUAGUGGGCUUUUACGGCGCCUUCUACAGUGAUGGGGAGAUCAGCAUUUGCAUGGAGCACAUGGAUGGCGGCUCCUUGGAUCAAGUCCUGAAAAAGGCUGGCAGGAUCCUGGAGCAGAUUCUGGGGAAAGUUAGCAUUGCCGUAAUAAAAGGCUUGACAUAUCUGAGAGAGAAACAUAAGAUCAUGCACAGAGAUGUGAAACCAUCCAACAUUUUGGUCAACUCUAGAGGCGAGAUCAAACUUUGUGACUUUGGUGUCAGUGGGCAACUGAUAGAUUCAAUGGCCAACUCCUUUGUGGGCACCAGGUCCUACAUGUCCCCGGAACGACUACAAGGGACUCAUUACUCGGUACAGUCGGACAUCUGGAGCAUGGGGCUGUCUCUGGUAGAAAUGGCGAUCGGCAGGUACCCCAUCCCCCCGCCAGAUUCGAAGGAACUGGAGCUCAUGUUUGGGUGUCCCAUUGGGGGCGAUUCCCCUGUCUUGGAGACGUCGCCUCGGCAAAGAACGCCCGGCCGGCCAAUGAGUGCCUAUGGUUCAGACAGUAGACCGCCCAUGGCCAUUUUUGAACUCCUGGACUACAUCGUCAACGAGCCACCUCCAAAGCUGCCCAGCGGAGUCUUCAGUCCAGAAUUCCAGGAUUUUGUGAACAAAUGCUUGAUCAAGAACCCAGCAGAAAGGGCUGAUCUCAAGCAGCUUAUGGUCCACACGUUCAUUAAGCGAUCGGAGGCGGAGGAAGUGGAUUUUGCGGGCUGGCUGUGCUCCACCAUUGGCCUGAACCAGCCCAGCACCCCAACUCACACUGGAGGAGUUUGAACACCUGGUGGCCAUGCAAGGAGUCCCCCUGCUGCUGCUGCUGCUCUGCAACCUGCAUUCCAAGCGGAGCUGGAGUUGGGAGCCCCGGGGAGAGCCGCUGAGGUGAACCAGAGUGGCACUGAGUGGAUUUCAGUCCUCAAUCCUGUCCAACUGUUCAAAGCAACGUUGUUUUGGUCUGUUUCCCUCCAAGCUUCUGUCUAUGAAAAAUGUGUCUCCUCUUCCCCAACGCCUCCCCUUUGAUGCAAGGGUGUGUCUCUACUUGGCAUGUGUCCAUUUUUUUCCUCCCAUGUCAACCCCCUUUUUCUCUUUUCGUGGCUCUAAAGCUAACAGCUGUUGUGUUUUGAUUACUUCCUUGUUAACUGACCAAACUUGAUGCUUUAAGCUAGUGGCCUGCAGAUUUGGAGUGGAUUUUGGAUCUCCCUUCACCAAGGGAAAUCCUGCUGGAGCGACAGCCUUCCUGUCCCUGCUAGGUUGUUCUGACCUUGAGCCUUGUGUAACCCGGUGGUAUUUUCAGCUCUCGCUUAGCCAGUGCUCUGGGCCAAGCAGGUAGUGAUGCCCUGAGCAAGCCUCUCUCCCAAGCAUGUCUUUGCUGCUACAAAGCUGCGAUCAAAGUUAGGACAGCGAUGAUCGUCUGGUUUGUGCAACGAACUCGUGGAAAACGUGACCAGGACCUCAGCCCUUGACUGCCACUUCUUACUAGUCCAGCCUCCCUUUCCACCUCCCAAAAACUUAUGAACACCUCCUGACAUUUCUCCUAUUUAUUUUAAGUGUUUUGUUGGAUAUUUUGGGAUUGCUUAAUGAUCUACAUCUCUCUUCCAGUUAAUUUGGCAUUUUGUAUUUGAAGAAGGGGAGGUAGUGGAACAAGCCUCAGUUGGAAUCCAUUCAAAAAUCAAUAAAUCAGUUAGAUGCACCCCCUUCUAUACCAGCUGAAAUUUGAGAAGGCAAAACCAGGCAUAUUUUGUGUUUGAAAAUCCUUUUUAUUCUUUCAGAUGUGGAACAAUUUCAUCUUACACUAAUAAAUAUAGUAUGAAGUUA